CCUCUACGGAUUUCCCGAUUGUACCACCGACUGGCUUUGUGAAUCUGGUUUGGAUUGUCUGACCAGCUAUGUAAGUUUCGUGCAGUUUUGACGAUCAGUUUGAACAAGCUCACUAACGGUUCCCGAAGGACCCCUUCUCAUCAUCCCAAACUGGCGGAACUCUAGCGUUCACCUCAUCCGCCCCUGAGGUCAAUCUCCAGCUCGAACCAGCAGAUGGGCCAAUCUCCUCCAAAUAUCCAGGCUUUUCCUUCCCACCCGGGUCUCGCGUCGAACAGACCGAACAACUUCUGGGAAUCUCUGGAGAUGGCAGCGGUGUGCUAGAAAUCAUAGGGAAUGUAGGACCCAUUCAGUCAACCCGGGCAUCUCCACUAGACCAGAAUGCAGGCGAUGCUGGCAUAUCCGGCAAUACAUGGAAUACAUCCAUGAACAAGAGUGACUCGCUGGACAAGCAGGAGAUAGUCAUCCAUGGUGAUAAUCGGAUGCUGGAGAAACUGCGAGGAGCUGUCGGCCAGCAGAUUCAGCCUAGAAUACCGGAAGCCGAUAUUACCCAAUAUGCUACCGGCCUGGACGCUGUUCGUGUCCUAAUGGAAGCUAUAUUUGGUCCCGAAAAGACGCCGUCUAGAGAAUAUCUGGCAAGGAUCCACCAAGGGGAGCAAUUUCGCAUUCGCUAUAAUGGGCGGGGAAACCCAUAUUGGAGCAGCCAGAUCGGAUCUGAUAGGAUAUUGUCGAAGGAAGAGCUCCAAGUCAUUGUCCAGAUUGUAGGCGACGAUCUGCUCCCCCCGCUCCCCCUCCAUCUUGGGGUGAUUUGGCCCGAGCCCUUGACCAGCACAGAACCGGAUGACCGUGGUGUAACACAUUACUCGGCGAGCACACUAGGCCCAGGCAGCCCCUACGGUCGAACCAUCUGGAUACUUUUCGACAAAAUUGACCGCUCGGUGGAUGAUUCGCCCUGCGGGUGGCUUGGUCUCGUGCCAUUUACUGGUUCGGGCGAUGGUCCACCUGAGCUCCCGUACACUAGCCUUUUAAAUCUGGGGAAGUCUUCGAUCGAUGCUGAGGGAGACUUGGGCCCGGAGUUUGGUCCCAGAUGGCGGGAAGACGGCGUAUAUUCCCGGUUCAAUGGUUGCCAGAAUCCCAUGCCUGUGCAGAACCAACACGCCGACACCGAUCGACUGGCCAAUUCGCUUCAGCAUCCAGUGCCAGGGACGCCGGAGCGACAUGUCCCACAUAUGGGUGACCCGAUAAGUCCUCCAUCGGAAAAUCGAGAAACUCGGAAUCGGGGUACUCGGAAUCGGGGUACUCGGAAUCCGCGCAUAGAAAGAGGUUAUCCCCUGAGUCUAGUUUAAGCUUUCAACUGACUUUCCUUUAGUCGUCACCUCAGAGAGAUCCACUCCCCAAAGGAUGAGAGGAAGUAUAAAUGUACUGUCCCAAGGGGGUGCAAGACGAAGUUUAUCUCAAACUCCUGGUCAGACUAC